AUUAAAAAUGAAGCAAUAUAAAUUUCAUUUCAGAAGCUUACUAAUUUGCAUACUGUCUUUGAUUGCUUAUUACAGUGUUUGUGUACAUUUAUAUUUGGACAUUUCUCCUCAUUGGAUCUGGUCCUUAUAUUUGAGCCCUAUAUUUGUAAUAUCAGUAAUAUUAUUUAGUUUAUUUUAUGUAAGUAUAGCUAAUGAGAAACAAGUAUUAUUCAUUAAAUAUACAUUAGACCUAAUCUGAAAGUGAACAGGAUUUCUGUAUCACAGUUAUUUUACUAACAUUUAUGCUGAUUUGGUGGCCCAUUUUUAUUAUUAUAUACCUACAAAUGUUUGAAAAUGUAUUGAUACCUUUUGAAGCAGAUACAGGAUAUUUAACUUAGAGAAAUACAAGUUAGUUUUAUAACGAAGAUUACGCUACAUUGAUAUUCAAACUAAGCAAUAAUAAAUUAGGCAUUGGAUGUUAGUCAAGUUAAAAUGAAGCAUCAAUUGUAGAAUAUCCACUCCCGUAUAAAUAUUACGAUAAUGGAGAUGAAAUAAAGUUGCCUUCAUGGUUCUGUAUUUCAUAUGAUGCUAAAAUCUAAUAAGAAUAAUAAAUUUAAUUAUAUGUAAGCAAACAUUCAAUAAUUGAUAAUACAAGAAUAGUUACUUUCUAAUAUCCUAAUUUCAUAAGUGAAUCUUUUUGGAUUGCAUUCAUAACAACUAUAUUUCAAUUUGCUUGUAUUUUUUCAUCUAUAUUACUUCUUGCUAUACUUUUAAUAAUGGAUUAGUAAUCAAUUGAGUCAAGCAUUAGAAAACCUUCGAGAAAGAAAAGAAUAAUAAAUUUUAUUUUAUCCUUUACUUUAUAUGUUUUCAUAAUAUCAUGUAAUAGUCUAAUUAUUACUGUUGGCUCUUUGUUAGUUGGAUUCUUAUUUUUAAUUUGGAGCUUUUAAAAUAAAAUUCAUAAUCAUUUUUAUCAAAUGAUUAAAGGUAUGUAUUAAAUGGUUACACAUUGGAUUCAAUAUAUUCCAAUUACAGUGAUAGCUAUUAUAUUGAUUUCUAUCUAUCUGGUGUUUAUUUUAAUUGUAAGUUAAUGUGUUAUCCAUUUUAAAAUAUUCUUAUGCCGACAUUUUGUAGCUUUAUGGAAAGGAUAACUUGAGGAAUAAUUGGAGGAUUAUGAUAAAUUUAUAAAUAAAAUAACAGUAUUGACUUGGAUAUGGAAUAUCAUUCUUAUUGCUUUGAUAGCAACCUAAACAAAUUCCAUACCUUUAAUGGCAAUAUCAAUAUUUCUUUGUGUAGUAUAAUUAGUAAAUAUUCCAAUAAUCUUAAUAUUUUCAAAUAAACAUAAUAUCCUUGAAUAGUAAUGGUGCAUUUAUUAUACUAACUAUAAAAUUAUUAAUCAACAAUGCUCAAAUCAUGAUUAAUAAAACUAGGUACCCAUGGAAUUACGAGAAAUAGAGUUGCAUUUAUAGGAUGGUAAAAAUGUAAAAUGAUUGAAGUGCU